UAUUAAUCUGAUUUCGUAAUUUGAAGAUGAAUAAAUGGAUUAGCUUCAACUGACUAUUAUUGGGGGAGAUAGUUUCAAGAUUUUUGCUACUCCCGCUUAAGGUAUCACUGAAAUUCAAAGGACACAGCCUGAUUUAUUUCCCGUAGAGAAGAUGAAGAAUGAUACGUUCCUUUGGCUCCCACUGUUUGUGGAGUUCACGUUUCCUGCUAACUCAGUCCCCUUCAACAGUUGCCAUGCUUCCACGAUUGUAGAGGUCGAUAAAGGUCAUUUUAUGGUUGCUUAUUUUGGUGGUUCAGCAGAAGGAGCUCCUGAUGUGAAAAUUUGGACACAGACUUACAAGGAUGGUUGUUGGCACUCUCCUCUUGCUGUUGAUGAGCAAUUUAAUGUCCCUAUGUGGAAUCCAGUGCUGUUUAAGGACCCUUCCAGUCAGUUGCUGUUAUUCUAUAAAAUUGGUCAAGAGGUUCAGAAAUGGAGUGGAUGCAUGAAGAGAUCUAACGAUGGUGGGGUUACUUGGUCAAUGAGAGAACAGCUCCCUCCUGGCAUACUAGGCCCGAUUAAAAAUAAGCCAAUCCUGCUCGAGAAUGGGGACUUGCUCUGUGGAUCUUCUGUCGAGAGCUGGAAUUCGUGGGGCUCAUGGAUGGAGAUAACUCCAGACUUGGGCAGGUCAUGGAGAAAGUAUGGACCGAUAUACAUUCAGAGCAAAACACUUUCUGUGAUUCAGCCUGUUCCUUACAAGACUGCGAAAGGGAACCUGCGUGCUCUCAUGAGAUCCUUCGAUGGAAUAAACAAAAUUUGCAUAUCAGAGUCCCGUGAUGGUGGUCACACAUGGGAUUAUGCACAGCCAACUCAACUGCCAAAUCCAAAUUCAGGAAUUGAUGGAGUGAAGCUGAGUGAUGGCCGCCUUGUACUGGCAUAUAAUACGAUAUCUCGUGCUGUACUCAAAGUUGCUGUUUCUUCUGAUGACGGUGACUCAUGGCACGACGUUGCUACAUUAGAGGAGACUGAAGGAAUGGAAUUCUCUUAUCCUGCUGUUAUUCAAGCCAGUGAUGGAUUAGUUCAUAUCACCUACACUUACAAUCGGACACAAAUUAAGCAUGUUGUCUUUAAGCCGGAUUUGAUAUAAAGGAGCAUAAUGCAGGAAGCAUAACAGCAAGGUAACUUCAUCCAUAAUCUUGAACGGUCUCUGUCGGAAUGGAGCUCUCUGAUUUGCCUCAAGUGGAGCGCGGAGCUGAAAUCCUAACUACUGCUCCUUUUGUCUUCCAAAUAUGCAUUCUUGAUCCAAGUAAUGAUAUUCUAGGCCAGUGUGACAGUAUCACAGAAGAAUUUAUUUAUUUUUUAAGUUAAAUUAGUUACUUUGUGUUUUUAUUAAGAUAAAAACAAACUCUUGUAGAAAUGGGAUUCUUGAAUGACACAAUUUUCAUUAAUGAGGAUAUGCUGCUCCUCUCUCCUUUUUAUAUCCAGCUCAUAAGUCCCUCUUUCUCCCUCAUGUUUGUUAGAUAGUUAGAUCUCCAGCUGUCCUCCCUUAUUAACUGACGUGGCACUCAAUCCCAGCCCACUCUUAUGUGGCGUUUCUCUUCUUCAAUUUGUGAUCGUAACCAUCCAUCCCCCUUAAGAUUCCUUGUCCUCAAGGAAUCACGGAGCCAAGUUCUCGUUCUUAUUCUUACCAGCAGCAGCACCAUUUGGCCUACGAAAUAUUUGCCAGAUGACAUAUAAUUUGAUUUUGCAGCAGAAUAACCAAGGCGAUCAGUGUCCUGCAUUGUGAAGUUGAAUGUCAUAAGCUCAAUUAGAGGCCUUGUACUGUAAUAUGCUGCACCAACUCUUAUUCUAGCAAACCCAACCAUAGUGAUGGUUGUAUCGGGCACCCUCCCUGGACCAUACUUGUAAAGAAGCCCUUUUGUAAUCUUAUAUGUACCCUGAUACUUUUCAACCACUUCACCCAUUACAGAGACUUUUGAAUCAGCUGAUAUCUCUUCAUCAAGUGCUGCGUUUAGAGCAUAACAAACUGUCAUAGUCUCCUUUGUUGAAGAAGGAAGAGCCUUAGAUACAAUCACUUGAAGUCCUUACUCCAAAUCCCAAGCAUGAGAGCCUUGACAGACAACUUUUCUCCUCAAAACUCCCAACAUACCGGUUUCUCUCAACAACUCCCAAAACAAAAUAAUACUAACUUUAUCUUCACCAUUGGCUUAGGAAAUCUACCUGAAAACCCCUUCGAAUUCCUUAUCACACUCAAAAUGGCAGCCAACUCCCUCGAUGGGCCAUUUUGUCUAGCAUUUGCUAGUUCAGUUUACUUGAAUUCCUUUGCUUGUGAAUAAGUCCUGUAAUCUGAAAAUGCAACAAUGUAUUGCUUCAAUUCAAUUCCAGUUACCUUGCCAUGAUCUAGCCUCUCCCCAACCUUUGAAUCAACACCACAGAAAAAAUUCCUGGAAUUGCCAAGCUCCUCUUCAUAAAUUGCAAGAGCAUCCUUCACAUACAUAAUCAGCUCUCCCUCCACAACCAUAGUCUCCCCAUAAGAUUCCCAUUGCAUCUUCCAUUUAGUUACUGUCAUUACUCCCCCCAUAAAAUGCAAUUGAUCAUCACCCAUAUUAGUAUUAUAUCUAUAGACAAUAGUAAUCAUACGAAGUUAAAUUAGAAGUUAGAAAAUAUAAUUACAUCGGAAAAGCAAAAGACAAAAGAGAAAGAAAAAGAAAAAAGAAGAGUUGCUACUUUGAUAUAUACAUUGCUGAGAUUAGAAGUUUUGUGUAAUUCAGUAUUGAAAAGAUAGUAAAAAAUAGUGUAUAUAAGUUUUCAUAUGCAAACACAAGAAGUAACAAAGAGAACACACACACACAAAAAAAACAUGAGUGGAAAAGUAGAAAAAUGAGAUAGAAGAGGAGGAGAGAAAGAUGCUUAAUCAUUGGAGCCACCAGCAUCCACUUUCUCUGGUGGUGAUUCAUAGUUUACAUAGUUGUGAUGGUUGUUAUGGGAAAUUUAGAACAGCAGAUAAAGGUUUUAGGUGUAUCCAGAGGUGCAGGCAAGAGGUCCUACUGCAUCAAGAGUGUGCAGAGGCGCCGAGGAAGAUCACACGCGCAAUGCACCCUCAGCACACACUUACUCAACAAUAUACCCAUUUGCAUUGGCAAAGCUGUUGUUCUAUCUGCCAAUGCUAUUUAGAACGCAUCUCCUACAGAUGUACGAGCGCAGAAUGCACGUUUACGGUGCAUGUCAGAUGCUCACAGGGAAGCGACAUGAUUUAUGGAGCCGAAGAUGACGUGUGCAGCAUCAUACAUCAUCCGAGUCACCCCAACCAUGAAUUGAAGUUGCUUAGGAGGUUUUGCACCUUCAAGUGCGAUGCUUGCAGCACCACACACGUCAAAGGGAGUUCCUACACAUGCACCGCACCGGCAUGUCAGUAUUUGAUCCAUGAGAGAUGUGCUUCCUUGCCUCACAUCGUUCAUAGUGAAGACCACCAUCACUCCCUCACUCUCUCUUUUUCCAUGUCCCGCUUCAAUAUCUCAUAUAUAACUACCGUUGUGAGGUGUGCAGAAAAUAUUCCAAUAUCCAAAUAUUGGAUAUAUCAUUGUGAGCUUUGCAGAUAUGCUGUCCAUCUCACCUGUGCCUUCACCAAAUCGCCACACACCACUAGAGAGAAAGGGAUUAUGGAGUUUCCAAUAAAUGAUGUGGCUGUGGGUGAGGACCUAUUUGGAGUUUUUCUAAUUAGACAAGGAGUUGAAGCAUACACACAUUCAAUCAUCCUUGAUCAUCAAGAUGAUGUUGAUUAUGAGUUCUACCAUCACAAACUCACAUUAGUCUCAUCAUCAUCAUCAUUUCAAGAACAAAAAGAAGAAAAUAGUGAUUAUGAUGAUGAUGAGGAAGACUACUCUUGUAGAAAAUCGGAGUUAAUAUGUAAUGGGUGCAAUACUCCAAUACCUCUGAAACAAACAUCAUCAUCAUCCUUGCAUCAUCUUCUUCUUCGAGUAGUGGUAGUAAAGAUAACUACUACUACUACAUGAGAUGCAGCAUGAGAUCAUGCAAGUACUAUCUUCACUUGGCAUGCUUCCACUUUCCAA